AGUCUUUCAGUGGAAUUUAAGCCAAGCAGAUAUUUUAGGGGGUUUUUGAAUCUCUCGAGAUACUAUUUUAAAAUGAGAGUUUUAGUGUUGAUGAUUAUCAUUGGAAUGUCGAGAUUAAGUUCAUCAAUUAGAACUUCACGUUGUAGUCUUGGUAGCACUUACAACAACGAUUGUAAUAUUUGUACAUGUAUAGUGCCGGGAUUUUUCAACUGCACACAAUAUUCUUGUGAAAAAAACUUGGAAUAUUCAGUUAGUCAUGUCAGAAAACAGCGCAGCGAAAAUCCCAACACAAAUGAAAAAAGUGAACCACCGUCGGAAAUUGAAUCUGACAUUUUGACUUUUCAAUUCGAGAGAUGCGAACCAAAAGAAAUCAAAAACGAACAUUGUAAUCGAUGCAAAUGCACAAAUAAUGGAGCUGAUUCAUCUCCGGUGGAACAACCAUGCACGACGGGUCACAGCUAUGAACAAGAUUGCAACACAUGUACAUGCACUGAAACUGGCAUCUACCAAUGUACAUUGAGAGCUUGCAUUUCUCCUGAUGAACCGAGAUUCCCUGACACUGUCGCUGAAGAAACUACACAAGGAAUCAGAGCUCUUCGUGAUGUUGGCAGCGGAAAAUGCACGCAGGGGCACAGCUAUGAACAAGAUUGCAACACAUGUACAUGCACUGAAACUGGCAUCUACCAAUGUACAUUGAGAGCUUGCAUUUCUCCUGAUGAACCGAGAUUCCCUGAUACUGUGGCAGAAGAAACUACACAAGGAAUCAGAGCUCUUCGUGAUGUCAGCAGCGGAAAAUGCACGCAGGGUCAUAGCUAUGAACAAGAUUGCAACACAUGUACAUGCACUGAAACUGGCAUCUACCAAUACUCAUCUCUAGUGGAACAACCAUGCACGACGGGUCAUAGCUAUGAACAAGAUUGCAACACAUGUACUUGUACUGAAACUGGCAUCUACCAGUGCACUCUCAGAGCUUGCAUUUCUCCUGAUGAACCGAGAUUCCCUGACACAGUGGCAGAAGAAACUACACAAGGAAUCAGAGCUCUUCGUGAUGUCAGCAGCGCAACAGCUCGCUGUGUCGACGGUCAUUCAUACCAUGAUGGCUGCAACACUUGCGUCUGUACCAAUGGACUUUACGCAUGUACAUUAAUUGCAUGUAUUGAUUGAGCAAACACGUGGCUUCACACCACUUUAAGAAGCUCUUCUUGUUUAUGAUUUCACACAUAAAAGAAUAAAUUAAAAUCUUAAUACAAAUUUAAAUA